AUGAGUUGUGCUAACGGCCACCAAGCGGCGCCGGUCUCGCGAGUUCCGCAAAAACAAUCGCGGGCGCUGGCGCAACUGCGACUCACGGUGGUGGGGAGCACCCCGAGAAGCCCACACGCUUUUCCGGCGGCAGGCGGUCUCGACCCCACCACAGCGCAUUACGCGCUAGCCUCUAGCGUGUGGUGCCCCGCGCCGCAGGGCGCUGUGCGCUAG